AUGGAGAAGACCGCACCAAGGCCCUGUACCACCAGGAGGUUGCCAUCGCCGCCGCCUCCGCGGAGGCCGUCUCCUCCGUCCAAGAGGUCGCUGUCUCCUCCGUCCAAGAGGUCACCGUCUCCUCCGUCCAGCAGGAGGUUCUCCACGCGGUCCCGCCCUGAAGGUGUCGUAGAUACACCUCGUCGUCGACAAGAUGGACGCGAGAAUCAAGAAGAUGAGCAACCCAGGACGAUCAACCUUGAGAAAGUCUUGGCAAGCUGA